AUGGGUUCAAUAAGUAGAUACCUUCUUAAGAAAGCAGCAGAUGGGCUUAAAGAUGAGCAGAGAUUGAAGAUUGAAAUGUCCGAUAGCAAAAGUGUCCCAGAGUGCUUUCAUUUUAAUAGGGAAAGAAGAAUGCCCAUAGCCGAGAUAAACGGCGAGGAUGGGUUUUUCAUGUUUCCGUCUCAGCAAUCGCUUGAAAAUUUUGAAAACACUAAAAAGUAUUCGAAUGAGCUGAGUCCAGAUGCAAUUGGUAUUCCAUUAUUCCAAAUUAUCAAUUGCACUCUACCGUUUGGUAAAAGAGGUCAUAGCAAUACUGUGGUCGGCAAUGUCCCAUAUUAUAAAAUUUUCAAAUUUAUUUUAAGAACGGCAGACGAACCUCCGCCUUAUACUGUGGCAAAAAUCGUUUGCUCAAACAACGGAUUAAUAUUGUAUAAAGUGCCUCUUUACGACAUAUAUAAAAAUGUCAGCCAAGCAAACGUAACUUACAGCUUCGUAGGGACUACGUCUACGGAGCCCAACUUACUAGCAAUGGCUCACCGAGAAGGACACAGGGAUUUGGACACUAAAGUGAAUAAUUUAAAUCUCAGGUGGCAUGUCACUUAUUCGCCCGUAGUUACCAACGAUCAUUAUAAAUUAAUUCUGUUAGCAGAUUAUGAAGUGAAUCGUUUGGAUGAAGAUGUCAUUAGAGCCGCUAAAAAUAAGAUGUCCAUCGACCAAAAGGAUCAAAAAGUUCAGAGGUUCGUGGCAGCUCAUUAUACUAGAGAAUUUGAAACAUCUCUUUUUAGGUGGGUCGCUCAAGAGGGCCACUUAAUUCUUGGCGAGUAUUCCACAGAUCAAGGAUCAUUUGGAUUGAAUAAUAUCCCACCAUUGACGGAAGAACUCGGGUGUCAGAGCCUGCUCAUACAUUACAUAGAGUACAUGAAGAGACAACGUAAAAAAAUUGCGAAAGAGGCAAGGAGACAAAAUAAAAGAAACGUUGCAAACACGACUAACAUGAACAUGAACCUCAUGUAA